UCUGGGACAAAAGGCUUCUAAAGGCCAUUCUUCAAAGUUGUGUUUUGGAAAAGGGAAGAAAAAGAUUCAGAAGACUAUGAAUACUGCAAUGGACACUAAAGAAAAAGUUGCAAGCUCAAACCAGACUUCAACCUCAGCUGGUCAAGACAAAAGUGCAGCAGCAACACCUAAUGAACAUUGUGGAAGUGUUUCUUUUAGUCAGAUGGAUGGCAAAGAAAAUGUACCAAAUAAAAAUAAAAAUACAGAGAAAGAAGCAAAAGACCAGUCAUCAGAAUCGCAUACUAAAAAGAAAAGGAAAACAACAAAUGCAGACCAAGAUGAUGGCUACACGUCAAGUUCAUUACUGUUGUGCUUGAAGAAAAAUAAAUCAUACAAGAAACAAAAGAAAUGCGAUGGAGAUAAAGUUUCAUGUAUCAUUUCAGAUAGUGCAAGCCAAGAUAACUCUUCAAAUAAGGAUUUUAGGCCUGAUGAUAGGUCAGCCCAACAAAUGGAAGGUUUAACUUCUGAGCCAUCUUCAGAUCUAAAAUGUGAAUCAUCUUCUGGAAUCUGGGCAUCAUUUAAAAGCCUCGCAAUGUCACGUUCAAAGGUGCAAAAGUCAAAAGAGCAGAAUAUAAACUCUGAAGCAAACAGCUGUAUAGAAAGAGAUGACCAGGACUCCUCUGUAAAGCAUAGUGGUUCCAAAGCUAAAAUUUCUUUAUUUAAAAAGUGCCAAAAGGGUCAGAAAAAGUCAGCAGCCCAAAGUGCUGCAGACGAUGCAUGUGGCAGUUUGCAAGUAAAACAAGUUAUGCCAAACCAAAAUGAAGCAGAAGUCAUUCAUCAUGAGAUGAAACCCACAUUGCUAGAAAGUGAUCGUGCAGAUGGACAAAAGAACAGAGACAUGGGCUCUUCUAGUCCAGAUGCACCAGAAACAAGGGCAGAAGAAAAAGGUGCAGACAGUUCACAGACUCGCAUUCAGAGUGAUCAAGAUAUAAAUGCCAAUCAGUCACAAAAUGUCGAACCUAUGAUAUCGAAUGAAGACAGCGAAGAAGCUGACAACCAGUAUCCAGAUACAGAAGAGGUCAGAGGACCUGGGAAAUUUCAAAGGGUGAAAGAAAAAAGCAUUAAAAAAGUGUUCUGUGUUAAUGCUUUUCAACAUACAAUUAAAAAGGUCAGUGGAAUGCAAAAUGAUGAAGAAAACUUGGACAGUGAAGUAAACAAGAAAACAGAUGUGAUGUGUAUAACCACAGAUGACAGACAAGCAUAUUCCAAAUGUGACGAAACAAUGAAAAAUUCUGAAAGCCUGAAAAACAAAGAAAGAAAUGAUAAAUGCCAUGAGACAUAGGUCUAGAUUGUGGAGCAUCCUGAUACACAAGGAGCCAUAACCAUUCAACUUAGAAAUACGUUCCAAGCAACAACUAACAUUUUAUAUGAAACAAGUCAAGAAGACUACAAAGCGGGAGCAGUUUCUAAGAAAUGGAGGAAAGAAAAACACCAUAGCAGUGUAAGAAGCAUAAUGUGAAGUCUUGAUUUGAAUGAAGGUUGUUUAUCAUAAAGAUUUUGUGGACACAGUGGCAAAAAAGUGCAGAACACCCUGUGGAAGGCAAGUGAAGUUUACAAAUAUGCGCUCCAAUAAACUGUAGGAUUGAGGCAGAGUUUAUUUAUGCAUGUAUAUGACCUGUGAUUAAAGCAUCAAUGAAACAAAUCAGGCAAAAAUAUUAUACUGUUUUAUUUAGUGUAAGUGAUUCAGAGAAUUACGCAAUUGUAUAUGGUGACACUAUUUUUCUAGUUACAAAAAUAGAUUAAUUUUUAUGUAGUUUUAUCUUUUUGUUAAUGCAAAGGUUUAUUUACUCAUUACAGCCGGGUGCCACCUCCAGGUGUUUCUGCAGUUACAUCCUACUGACUCCCUUAGGUGUCAGAUAUUGCCUAUUAAUAUUUGCAUUAAUAAUUCCAAAACCACACUACAUACAAAGUAGUAAAAGAUUUCAUCUUAAAGCUUACACAUUGGCAAACAUGACUAAAUUGAUAUUUGACCUCUGCCUAGUACAGGUAAAGAUAAAUAAUUGUACAUAUAUUUAUGUUGUCAUAAAUAGUUUCAUAGUUUCAUAGUAUAGUACUAGGCUAUCUGCCCUGGGGCAUU